CUUAGUUACGAGCAAAGAUGGCGGGCAAGAAGACACGAAUCUGUUAGCUGCGAUCAAUUCGUCAUUUAUUCUCCUCAGAAAAGCAUAUUUAAGAUAGAUUUUUCACGUUUCGAAUUCAAAAUGCUGUCCAGUUUGGAUGCAAUCCACAUUUCAGCAGUGUUAGAAGACUGCGUAGAUCAGCUGGCGAUCUUAGGUCAUAUCAUGCCACCGACAUUGGAAGGAAAGCCGGAUGCUGCACAAAUUGUGGACGAUGAACUGGGGCAGAUUUUGCAGGAUCAAAGAGAUCUAGAGUCCAGAUAUGAAGUGCUUAUGAGUAAUAGAGAUGAUCCCAAUUCCAACCACAAGAGCCAGCUUAGAGUAAUGGAUGAUUCACUGCCUUCUGUGGCAAGAUCCUUACGAGACAGCACCAAUGCACUAAACAGAAGUUUCAGACAAAACCCCUUGACAAAUGACAGUCUAUCAAAAAUUCAAGCAGAUAGAAAAUUCCUCCAGGAAGUUAUGGAGGAGACACUUAGUGAGGUUGUUGGCAACAGAUCGUUUGACUCCCUCGUCAAAGCUGUAAAUACAGAGAAAGAAAAGAAAGCAGGACUUCAGCAAACUAUACUCAAGGAGGAAGAAAGCCGCAGACUUGUGAAAACUCUCCAAAGGCAACUGGGAGAUGUGAAAAAGGAAAAAGAAAGUGAAAUACAACAAAGAAAUGAAAUGAUUGCACAUCUCAAAGAUCAGUUACAAGAAAUGAAGGCCAAAACAAGCAUGGAAGGAAAGUACAUCAAGAAAGAUGCUGAGGUUCGCGUCAGCUGCACACAGAAACGCUGUCAGCAAGGGGAGAACGCUCUGAAGGAAGAUCUUGAGACACUGCGUUACAAAAUAGAUGAAGAAGCUCGCGUCAAUUCCGAAAUUGAGACCUAUUUACGCCAACAUCACCAAAUACUGGAAGACAAAGUGGAAUACUGGAUGAAUAAAUAUGACAGAGAUGUGGAACAGAAACAACAUGAGCUGGAUGUUUUGAAGGCCUCCAAAGCUAAUGAUCUCGCAAAGCUUCAAGAACUCACACAAAAGUAUUCCGAUUAUGAAAAGGUUGUGAUCGAGGACCGUGUUGCUAAGGAACAAGCCAGACGAAAGGCAGAGCAGGAACUAGAGGAACUCAAGGCUGCUACAAAAUUACAGUCCUGGUGGAGGGGGACCAUGGUGCGUAAACAGCUAGGACCGUACAGUAAGAAAAAGAAGAAGAAAGGAAAAAAGGGAAAGAAAUCCGGAAAAAAGGGAGGAAAGAAGAAGAAGAAGUAACUCAAACCUCACCACUAAACAACGCUGUAUAGUAAAUUGUAAUCAUUUGUAUAGGAUGAACAGCUUUAUGGUAACAUCUCAAACUUGUGUAAAUUUUUCAAUAAAAAUAUCGAUUUGAAAGGA